AUGAUGACGUGCCGCCUGCUGUGCGCCCUGCUGUUGCUCGCCCUGUGCUGCUGCCCGUCCGUGUGCGUGACAGCAAGUGGUCAGAAGAAGGAAAAUACGACUACGACUACAACAACAAAGCCACCAACUACGACGACCACUACAACAACAAAGCCACCAACUACGACGACCACGACCACGACGACCACUGCGCCAGAGGCACCAAGUAUUACGACUACAGAGGCGCCAAAUACGACGACCACCCGUGCACCGUCACAUGUUCGCAGAAUUGACGGCAGCCCCGGCAGCUCUGCGUGGGCGUGUGCCCCGCUGCUUCUCGCCGCAUCCGCGCUGGCGUACACCACUCUGGGCUGA